UUGAGUUCACUUGUAUGCAAUGUGAGGACGGAAGAACAGGGCCGUGUAUAUGUAUGGAAUAAAUAACUAUAUAGAAAAGACUCUUCGCUUAUACUUUCACGUCAAAUUAAGCCUGCGUAAGUCAGCUAACUUAACAAAAACCUACAGGAAACCUAGGUAUGUCAGUAGAUUCAUUGGCGUGCUAGACGGCACAAACCCCCCAUGGCUCCUGUUCGGUUGUCAGAAUAUCGUGUAGGAGAGGCUGUACUGAAUAGAGUGAUGAAGGACCAGCUAGCGGACGUGUCCUCACCAGAAGAUUUGGUAACCUACUUAGAGAAGGUGAAGAAUGAGGACGAGGACGAGGACGAGGAGAAGUUGAUUUUACAGCUGGCUUUGAUUGUACGAAGAAUUGGAGAAGCACUCAAGAAUGACAAGGAGAUGAAGACUAUGAUGGGGAAGAUGUCCAACAAGUCCAACUACUGGAAGGUGGUAGAAAAAGUUUUCGAGGAUGGUCUCAUCACCUGGGAGAGAAUAGCUGUGCUGUUCUAUGUGGCAGGGAGAAUGGCUGUCAAAGUGGUGAUUGCACAUUUGCCCCAGUAUGUGAAAGACAUUCUGACGUGGACUUUGGAGUACUUCAAAAGAAAUUUACUGAGCUGGGUCAAAGAGAAUGGAGGAUGGAUGAACAGCUUCUCAGAGCUGGCGCGUGUUCAGGGGGAGAGGAUGAAUUCUAUGAGUGCCCGGUCUUCAGGAAUCCUAUUGGUCUUUAUCGGAGGCUUCCUAUUGGGUUGUGUUACUUUCUGGAAACUAUCCAAUAGGACCUGACACACACAUACACCACCUUGUAAGGAUGUCACGAGAAUACAUUUUUCAACCUAACCAAAUCAUUAUGAAAUAAAUAAACCAAAUUGUUCCGAAUAUUUUUCACACUUAUGAUAGUAUCAAUUGUACUGGAACAAAAUUGCUUUUGUGAAAAGGACAGAAAAUGUCAUCAUCUUAGGACCUCCUUAACAAGACAAGAAAGAGCGUGUUGCUUGUGAGGUAAAUUCCUAGGGAAAACCAAUAGACACCCAAAAGUUAACAUUAGCCAGUGGCCCUUUAAAAAAUGUUAGUUAACAUUUCUCCCCCUAUACAGUUGUCUCCCACAAAUUGCAUAUAGAUGUGUGCGUAUGCUUUGAUGCAGCUUGUCUAUUUUAUAAAUAAGCAGGCAGAAAAAUAUUAUAUUUAACCAACCACAAUGAAAGUGUUUUUUCUUGUUCCCUUUCAAUCCUGCUUUGUCAUCGUUAUCAGCGCAUUCAUGUUAUGUAAUUGUGUACAGCCCAGGCUGCACGUUUGAGUUCAUUCUUUAUUUUGCCACUGAUUGACACAAUUGGUUGAGUUGACAUUAAUGCAACAAAUCAUAGGGUCAUGUUCUGUUGAUGUGAAAAUUAACAAACAGUGGCAUAUUUCUUAAACGCUUGGUUGUUAGGAUCCAUGUUGGUGGACAUUAGUCUCUUGUCCGAAAGUUCAGUUUUAAGCAGUUGCGGUUUACAGAGUGCUUUCCAUUUCACUCCUGGGUGGUGUUGGGCAAUGUUAUGUGCAAUUGCAAUAUGAUGUCAUAGCUGUCUUGCGUAAUCAUUUCCAUAGUGUUUCAGUUUACACCGCCAAUGGCACCUGCGCUGCUUUAAAGUGUAACCAAACAGACAGUUAUUCAUUUGGCAGUUUAACUUUUAUGACAGUGUUGAAAUUCAUGACGUCCUCAUUUUUAAAUAUCACAGUUUACUGUAUUACCAUCAUACUGCCAACCCUACCCCUAGGAUUGGUUUGUGUUAUGGGCUAUUAUGACCCCUUAAAUGGUCGACGUUCAGGUAAACUGUUCUAUUUAACUGGCAAGGCAAUGGCGCUUACUUCAGAAUACUGGCACAGAACAGUGGCACUGACCGAAACCCCAUCCCUAAGCCAAAAAUAGUUUUUCUGGUUUAUUACACUUAUUAAGACUUUGGAGGAAUUCUGGUUCUCACAACGAGAACAUGCACAUACUUGCAAUAAUAUACUUGUGAGGACUUUUGGGGAACUAAAUCCUUCAUGUAAAAAUCACAUUUUUUCCAACCUCUAACCCUAAAAUGAACCCUAACCCCAAAUAGCCUCUCUUACAGUUGAGGACCAACACAAUGUCUUUACUAUGUAAGUAAUUCACAUACACCCUUUACCUAGUCAAUACAUUACCUUCUGACUUGAAACUUGUACUGGAUACAUAAGAUAUGGGAUGCUUUCCUGCUAAGCCCUGUCACACAGUACCGAACUACUAAAGUAAGUCACUCCACUGCCUAUUAAAUCAGGUGUAGAGCAGAGAACAGUACAUUCUCACAGUGUUUGAUAAUAUCCUGUGAAUACCUGUGCCUGAAACCGAUACCAGUGAAAGCCUAGACAGCCAGACAGAUGCAAUGGGAUAUGUUUUACAAAGAAACUUAUAUACACACACACACACACACACACACACAUACACAGCUCCA